GCCUGUCUGUCUGUCUGUGUUCAGUCAGUGGGUCAACAGCAUCUCUUCAUCUCUGCUACACUUUACUUUCACCACUAACUACCGUCCAUCAUGAGGGAAAUCGUGCACAUCCAGGCCGGCCAGUGCGGGAACCAGAUUGGUGCAAAGUUCUGGGAGGUGAUCAGCGAUGAGCACGGCAUCGACCCAACAGGAACCUACCAUGGAGACAGUGACCUGCAGCUGGACAGGAUCAGUGUGUAUUACAACGCAGCCACUGGUGGGAAGUAUGUGCCCAGAGCCAUCCUAGUUGACCUGGAACCAGGAACCAUGGACUCGGUCCGCUCUGGACCCUUUGGACAAAUCUUCAGACCUGACAACUUUGUCUUUGGACAAAGCGGAGCAGGAAACAACUGGGCCAAAGGUCACUACACGGAGGGGGCCGAGCUGGUGGAUUCGGUGCUGGAUGUGGUGAGAAAAGAGGCUGAAAGCUGUGAGUGUCUGCAGGGUUUCCAGCUCACGCACUCUCUGGGAGGAGGCACCGGCUCCGGCAUGGGCACCCUGCUCAUCAGCAAGAUCAGGGAGGAGUACCCUGACCGCAUCAUGAAUACCUUCAGUGUGGUGCCCUCUCCUAAGGUAUCAGACACGGUGGUUGAGCCAUACAACGCCACGCUGUCAGUCCACCAGCUGGUAGAAAACACAGAUGAGACCUACUGCAUUGACAAUGAAGCCCUUUAUGACAUUUGCUUCCGCACUCUCAAACUCACAACACCCACCUACGGCGACCUCAACCACCUGGUUUCAGCCACCAUGAGCGGCGUGACCACCUGCCUGCGUUUCCCCGGCCAGCUCAACGCUGAUCUGAGGAAACUAGCUGUCAACAUGGUUCCCUUCCCUCGUCUGCACUUCUUCAUGCCCGGCUUUGCUCCUCUGACCAGCAGGGGGAGUCAGCAGUACCGCGCCCUGACCGUGCCCGAGCUCACCCAGCAGGUGUUUGAUGCCAAAAACAUGAUGGCGGCUUGCGACCCUCGCCACGGACGCUACCUGACGGUGGCUGCCGUGUUCCGUGGCCGCAUGUCCAUGAAGGAGGUGGAUGAGCAGAUGCUGAAUGUCCAGAACAAGAACAGCAGCUACUUUGUGGAGUGGAUCCCCAACAACGUCAAGACAGCCGUGUGUGACAUCCCGCCACGUGGCCUCAAGAUGGCUGUCACCUUCAUCGGCAACAGCACAGCCAUCCAGGAGCUGUUCAAACGCAUCUCUGAGCAGUUCACCGCCAUGUUCCGCCGCAAGGCCUUCCUCCACUGGUACACCGGCGAGGGCAUGGACGAGAUGGAGUUCACGGAGGCAGAGAGCAACAUGAACGACCUGGUGUCCGAGUACCAGCAGUACCAGGACGCCACGGCCGAGGAAGAGGGGGAGUUUGAGGAAGAAGUGGAAGAGGAUGCCUAAAAACAUAACAUGAGCUGAAAAAAGAGAAGAAGUGAAAAAUCAACAACAAAAAAGUCUCAAAAAAAGUAAAAAUAAGUGAUGAUGAAAUGAAGGAAUGUAACAGAACGGAUGAGGAAGGCUGGUUAGAGAAGCAUGAGGGUCUGAAUUGGUUAAUGGAGGGAUAGAAUCCAUGGCAAGAAGAAUAAAAGUUGAAUGUAAGCAGAGAAGGGGACGAGAAACAGGAAACAAAAUCACGUGACCAAAUUAAUGUGCCAUGUUUUACAGUUUAUUUUGACACCACGUAGGCCGGUUUAACUAAGAGUAGCUUCCUAAAAUCAUUUCAUUACACUUGUCUUGUAGCAAAUGCACAAAUCAGAAGCAUUUAAACUUCACUUUCAUCACGUAACAAGACGUUACGACGUAAUAAGACUAUUUACUAUUUCCUGCAAAGUAAAAUCAGUUACUCUGGAAUAUUCAAAGUAAUUGUGGUGGCUUCAGACUUUAAAGUUAAUUCCACAUUGAACAAAUGUACUAAAUGUUUAAAUCCCUGAUUUAAAAUGUAAUAUUGCAUUUAUACUCACAACCUAGCUUCUAAAUGUUUCCAUAUUGAUGUGACAUUACCUUCAUGAGAAACAGUAUUUUACAUUCAUUGAAAAAAUGAUGUGCUUCUUCCUGAUCAUAUGAUGAUACAGUGCAGAGUUAGCAAGACAACCUGGAAUAACAUCCAAAUAACUUUGGAUGUUAUUCAAGGGUUAAAGCAUUUAAACAAGGGUGAAGUCAAAGAAUGUCACAUGUUAGAAAACUGCGACUUAGAUUGUUUUGGGGAAACCAGACCUGUAACCUUGAAACUUAAAUAUGAAAUCAAACCAUUAUCAGUGUUAAUUUCUUUUAAUCAGUGUUAUAUAUUUUUAUUUGCACUCAUUGCUUUUGCCAUCUUUUGUCAGCUUUCAAGAUCCGCUCUCAGAGAUAAAUGUGAAUUUGGAAAGUCGGUGGGACGACACUGUCAGUAUUUUUUUCUCUCAGUGAGGCACAUACUCCAAGUAAAUUGAUCAGCAGGUGUUUUAAUGAUUUUGUCACAUCCUUUGUAAGACUGUGUGAGAGAUCCUCAUCAGGUCAUUGUUUUCUCACUUUAAUUGUAACUUAUUUUAUUCAGAAAGCACAAAACUAAAUGUGU